GGUACCGUGAUAAGCCAAUAUGGUGUACGGAGUGUAUGACGUCUAAUUCUGUCUCUCGUAUCGUAGGACUUUCUCAUGAGAACAAGAUUAGAUUUGACUAGUUUUGGGAGAUAGACCUCGAUUUUUUCGUUCAAUUGUUUGCCGAUAAUCUAGUUUUUUUGAGAUUUCGGACAAAUCGAGGCAUUAUGACGACCAUGAAUGACCUUAUCUUUGAUUUUUUUCAAAAUAUUGCCUUCAAGCUACCAAUUCAAAAUGCAACAUGGUAAGAUUUUUAUGGUUGAGAUGACUUAUUCGGACCUCGAACUGCCAAAGCUGACGGAAAAUGAUCCUUUUUUCAAGUCAUGUGUCCUCUUGCGGCUCUUCGAAGACAUCGAAAUGGAGAUUUGUGACAAUAAAUUAGCGACCGAAGUGAAUUUUCACGACUUGAACGACAGAAAAUGCAUUUUUUCGUUGUUCAACGAGGACGAAGUCGCUGCUGUUAAUGCUUCUAUCAACGUUUUUCGCAAAGAUGAGCAGGAUAGGAGAGUUUUUGUGGGCAAAUAUGACCUUCAGUUGGAAGAAAUUCUGAAAAAACUCAUGAAAGGAUCGAAAAAAGAAUCAGCGAUCGCUAAAAGUCAAAGUAAAAAUAUUUCCGCGAUCCGUUCGGGGAUUUCUUCCAUCUUGAAAGACGCUUCCGUGAUAAAUUCGAGCUUAAAAUCCCUCAAAUCUGAGUCAAUUAACGUCGAAAAUGCCUCGAAUACGGAACCAGUAUCGGAAACGAUCAAAGGUCUCUUUCCCUUGUUCAACCACGACGACGAAAAUAUCGGAUUUAUCGUACUUACGAUACGAAUUUCGUACUACGGGAAUGUCAUGAUGCAUCCAAAGACAGUUCAAGUAACGGAUGAAAAGGCAUCCACGUUAUUUUUCAGUAAAAAACCUUCGAAUCAGGAAAGCACGAUCGACUUUAAUCACUUGUACAUGUACAAAAAGUCCAAAAAUGAGGAUUGUGAGUGUCCGAAAUGCUCGGAAAUAUCGGUGGCGAGCAAGAUUUCCGCUUUUUCGGAAGAAUCUCUUCAAAAGUCGUCUAGUGAGAGCUUAUCAAAUGUUCCUCCAUCAUCGCAAAUUUCGAUUCCAGCAGAGCCAAAAGAAGAAUAUGAUGAAUUUGUGCAAGAAAUUAAUGGAAAUGCGAUGAUUAUUAGAAUUGCCAAAGGUGCUGGCAUGAAAGUUAAUGUCCUCGAACCGGAAAAUGACAAUUUGAAAAGUGUGAUUGGGUAUUCGAGGGAUAAUGAUAAUGUGACCAUCCAAAUCCCCCAAAACAACGACGGCAACAUACUUAACGUCAUGCAAGAGAUCGCUUCCCGUUGUCAAUGCUUCCAACAACAACUCCGAGCAUGUCCUUAUUCCCGAAAAUGCGCAAGACUCCCAAUUAUCAAAGGAAAUCUCAAAUAUCCCAACCGACCGCCACUUCACAUGGCAAAAAUCAUGGAACCAUCACCUAAAAUUCAAACAAUUCCCGAUGGAACUCCCACCAUUGACAGUAAAACUGGCGCUAUUUCCCCAAAAGGCGUCGAAAUCAGCAAAAAAAUCUUACCAGACACGACCAUGGAUUCGUACGUACUGAAAUUGGGAAAGAAGAAACCUGGCGGAGGACAUUUGGAAAUAGAAUUAAGAACUCCAAAGUCACCAGAUUCGCAAAAAUCCGAAAAUACUGUCGGCGUUCAAGUAAUCGAAGAGGAAUUUGAGGAUUACGAGUCUUAUAAAAUCGGAAAAAAGGACGAAAAUGAGGAAAAAUCAAAGGAAAAAGGCAAAAAAGGGAAGAAAGGAAAAGGAAAGAAGAAAAAAUAA